AUGGGUACUCACACAGUCAUGGAACAAGUUAUAGCAAUGCCAGGGAGAGAAAAGGAAUUCCAGUGCCAAGAUUGCCAUAAGAGCUUCCCUACAAAAUGGAAGCUUGAGCGUCACAGACGUAUUCAUACAGGAGAAAAACCCUUUGCCUGUGAAUUAUGCCCAUACAGAGCUUCUCAAAAGCCAGUCUUACAAGCCCAUAUGCAGUCUGGGCUGCAACUUUUUUUGGGGGAGUUUCAAUCUGAUUCUUUAAUUAAGUCAUGUAAAUGCUGCAUAUCAAAGAAGGCGAAAGGCAGUGGUGACAAGGAUGUGAGUGGCACUGGAAGACGUCUCCAUCACAGCUACAGACUUCCAACCCACUUACAUUUCUUGGAGGGCACUUCUGCCCAAACAACGGUAGGGCAGCCCAAUACCACGGAGAAAAUACUCAAGACAGAAGAUGAGAGUGGACACCCUGAUGCCCAUCCUGCUAUGCGAUCCCUGGCUCCUCUAAACCUUCAGAUGUACUCGGUAUCCCGGCCAGGGCCUGGUCAUGCUUGCUUCCUUUGUGGCAAAACUUUUGGACUGAAGCAUAAUCUGUAUCGCCAUCUAAGAACCCACACUGGAGAGAGACCUCACCAGUGUCCUCACUGUGAAUACAGAGGAUCUCGCCGUUCCCAUGUGCUGACUCAUAUAAACAGAGUUCAUCAACGGCAAGACCAGCCUGAAAAACCAAAUUCAUCUUCAGAAUCUACAAGUGUUUCUCUCCCAACUUCUAGACCAAUAUAA